UGACGUUAUCAUCCUUGCACUCCACUCACGGCUCGGGUCUUGCCACUGCAUUCACAGCCUGAAUACUGUAAUCGUGACCACUGCUGGAGACAGUUCACCAAACUCUUCGCUUUGAAGCCGUGCAAGAUGACCCUCACGCACAUCGUGUCCUUUCGCUACGCGGAAACAGUGGACCUGGCCACCAGACAAUCGGUCUUUGAGCGGUUCCUUGACCUGCGCUCGCUCUGCAAGCUACAAGAUGGCAGCGCAUACAUUGCCGAUGUGAUAGCUGGCAAUGCCAACAUCAGUCCAGAGGGCGCGGGUAAAGGCUUCGAUCACACUUUUAUUGUCACUUUCAACAACGCAGAUCAUGUCAAGCACUAUCUCGAAACAGACGCGGCCCAUCUCGACUUUGUAGCAUUUGUCAAGCCUCUGCUCGUCGAUGCUUUCAUCUACGAUUUUCACACCCAACGAGCAUCUGCAUAGGAAGGGUGCGACUCUGCGUCCGAACGCAGAUGGAAGUGCACCCGCAAGCAUCGUCGUGUUCCAUGCCGCUGCCCUGCAGCUGCUCUACGGUUCUGGAUCUGGGGUGCAGACCCACUACCCCCUCCUUGUCAGGGGGAAAGCGCGAUCGCAGCGUACCUACAUUUGUUGCACAGCCAUCUUGGAGAGAUGUGUAGCCUCACUUCAUACUCGCCAGGCGCUUCUGUAGAGCAGUGCAGCGCACGCCUGCCGACGCGUCGGAUGUCCGUGUCUCCAGCGAUUGCACUAGAGACUGCACGUAUCAGCGUUCAUCGCAGCAAUGGCCAUCGUCAAUACCACAUGAUAACGAG